AUGAGGCAGCGGCGCUGCAGGCACCUCCUGGUGCAGCUGGAGCAGCUGCUGCAGCUGCUGGAGCUCAGCAGCAGCGUCGAGGAAGACUACAUCCAGACCGUCCGGUGCUUCGAGGUGAUACGCCAGAAAUGCUGCCGCCUGGAGCAGGACCAGCGGCGGGCCCGCGAGCAGCUGGCCUGCGCCGAGGCCGAGCGCGCAGUGCUGGAAGUGAAGCUCAAGCAUGCCCGCAACCAGGUGGAGGUAGAGAUGAAGAAGCGGCACCGGGCAGAAGCUGAGCUGGAGAAACAGGAGCGCAAGCUUCAGCUGAUCUUCAAGCUGCUGCUGCAGGAGCCGUCGGGCAGCACCGUCCUGACCGCUGAGCAGCGUUCCAUCCUCAGCAGCCUGGCAGGCCAGCACACUGGGAGGACCCUGGUGCCAGGGAGGAGGUCAUCAGCAGUAGAUGAGUCGUGCCAGUCUCUGCUGUCCCACUCGGACAUCAGCUAUGACCGCACUGAUGAUGAUGUGGAUGUUGAUACAACAGUGGUGAAGACCCUGAAGCGCAAAGCUCAGGAGAGGCAGCGUGUGUCCCUGGCCCCUCAGAUCGGCCCUGUGGUGGCAGCAAAGCGGCACCGUCCAUCCGUGACACCCCCCAAUGCUGUGAGCGUCCCCCCUGCGUCCCCUCCUGCCCAGGUGCUGGGUGCUGCUGGCAGCCUGCCGCCCACCGCCCUGGUGCCGCGACGCCGCUCUCGUCAAGGACAGCGCCUCUCCACGCGCACAGGUCGUGGGACGGGUUGGCCUGCCUGGCUCCCUCCUGGGGCCGGUUUGCCCUUUGGGACCCCCCCUCCACUAUCUUCUUUCCCGGCAGAGUUGACCACAGUGUGGGGCAGCAGCAAGGACCAGGGCUGCUCUGCCCCUGGGCUAGAGAGCCGCACUGAGGAUGGCUCUGCAGGGGCACCUGCACCAGCCCCUGUCUCCUCUCCUCCCUGGGGCCCCCCACCGCUGCAGCAUCAGUUCACCUCCAAAACGAUCAUCCGCCCCGAGCCAUGUGCUGCCUGUGGCUCCCGCAUCCGCUUCGGGAAGGCUGCCUGCGGGGGCCAGCUGCGGGUGCACGCCAAGUGCCGGGAGCAGUGCCCCAGGCCCUGCGGGCCAUGGCCGUGCCAGCGCGCCUGGCCCCGACAGGGUGUCCUGGCCGACUUUGCGCCACCCGUGCCGCCCCUGGUGCCCGCCCUGGUGGUGCAGUGCGUGACUGAGGUGGAGAGGCGAGGCUUGACAGAGACGGGGCUGUACCGGGUACCGGGCGCGGAGCCGCUGGUGCGGGAGUGGAAGCAGAGGCUGCUGCAGGCCGGGGCUGUGCCACCAGGGCUGGGUGCCGUGGCCGACGUGCACGUGGUGUGUGGGGUGCUCAAGGACUUCCUGCGGGGCCUCAAGGAGCCGCUGGUCACGUUCAGCCUGCACUCGGCCUUCCUGCAGGCCGCCGACAUCCCGGAUGAGGACGCCUGCAACAUGGCGCUGCGCCACGUCGUGACCAAGCUGCCCCCUGCCAAUAGGGACACCCUGGCCUUUCUCAUGUUGCACCUGCUCAGGGUGUCCCACAGCCCUCACUGCAAGAUGGACGUGCUGAACCUGUCGCGGGUGUUUGGGCCCACGCUGGUGGGGCACAGCUGUGCCAACCCCACACCGCUCGCUAUCAUGGAGGACACGCCGCGGCAGUGCAAGGUGGUGGCUCAGCUGCUCUCACUACCACCUGACUUCUGGAGGCGCCUCGUGGGCACGGAGCAGGAGAACCUGGUGCCGUUGUCGGCCAGCGGCCCGGCCCCGGGCAGGGAGCCCAAGCCGGGGCAGCUGAGCCCGGCGGGGACCUGCUGCCUCCCCAGCACGCUGCGGAGCUGCGUGGGAACGGCCGCCCGCUCCCCGCAGGGGCCUGCCCUGAGGAAAGCGGGGAGGUUCUUCCCUUCCCCUGUGUAG